CCGACAUUCCGACUGACUGACUGACUGCCUCCCCGCCCGAGUCCCGUGGUCGGUCCUAUUGUAUCGUUCUUGUACUCUCAGCACCCCCCUUUCCAUCCAUGGCCUCGAAGGACAUUAUCUCUCCAUUUUGCCGACCUUCCAGCCCACAAUUACCACAAUCUUCAGCAUGUCGAGCAAGUUUCCCUCCCAGCAGCGCAAGAAGAACGCCCGAUCCAUUGCCUCUGAGGACCCCUGGAAAGUCGACACCCCAUUCGGCUCGCCGCGCAUCUCGCACUUCCCCAGCAGCAAGAUCAGACGCAUUCGCAACACCUUGCAGAAACUGUCUCCCUCCGCUCGGGCCGAGAAAGAACUCCUCAAGCAAAAGAAUCGAUACAAGAUCCCCCUGACUGAGCGCAACGUCGACGCCUUCGUCACCGAACAACUGUUCACCGAUGCCUGCCAUCCAGGCCAACAUACCCCAGAGCUGCAGAUCUCGGCUUGGCUUGAUAGACUGUCAUACUGAGAGUGAUGGUCAGUUGGUCUGUCUGUAUACUACUGCACCGCAACGCAGUACAAGACCUACGGGACAUUGUUCUCCCCU